AUGGCAUGGAUGGAAAACAGUGCAGGGAAUGGGAAAGAAAAGGAAAUGAUGGGAGAAAAUGGUUUCUUGAAAGCGCCACAACCUUCUGUUAGUAGUAGUGGCUCUGGUGGGGAUAUUGAUCCAGUAUAUAAGAGAGGUGAAGGGAAAGAUAAUCUUUCGUAUGCCAACAUCCUACGUUCAAGGAACAAGUUUGGUGAUGCUCUUGCUUUAUAUGAUCGCGUCCUUGAGAAUGAUAGUGGAAAUGUAGAGGCUUUAAUUGGAAAAGGAAUAUGCCUGCAAAUGCAGAACAUGGGAAGGCUUGCUUUUGACAGUUUUACUGAGGCUAUCAAGUUGGAUCCUCAUAAUGCUUGUGCACUUACGCAUUGUGGUAUUUUGUACAAAGAAGAAGGUCGUUUGAUGGAGGCAGCUGAGUCGUAUCAGAAGGCUUUACAAGUGGAUCCUUCAUACAAAGCAGCUUCUGAGUGCCUCGCCAUUGUUUUAACAGAUAUUGGUACCAACAUAAAGCUUGCAGGAAACACUCAAGAGGGAAUUCAAAAAUAUUAUGAAGCUCUGAAAAUAGAUCCUCACUAUGCUCCAGCAUAUUAUAACCUUGGUGUUGUGUAUUCUGAAAUGAUGCAAUAUGAUAUGGCCCUUAGUUUCUAUGAGAAGGCUGCAUCAGAGAGGCCGAUGUAUGCGGAAGCAUAUUGCAAUAUGGGUGUGAUCUAUAAAAACCGUGGUGAUUUGGAAGCGGCUAUUGCUUGCUAUGAGAGGUGCUUAGCUGUUUCCCCUAACUUUGAGAUUGCAAAGAAUAAUAUGGCUAUAGCAUUGACUGAUUUGGGAACGAAGGUUAAAUUGGAAGGGGACAUCAAUCAAGGUGUGGCUUAUUAUAAGAAAGCCUUGUAUUAUAAUUGGCAUUAUGCUGAUGCUAUGUAUAAUCUCGGGGUUGCUUAUGGUGAGAUGCUCAAGUUUGACAUGGCUAUUGUAUUUUAUGAACUUGCUUUUCACUUCAAUCCUCAUUGUGCGGAAGCAUGUAACAAUCUAGGGGUUAUAUAUAAAGAUAAAGACAACCUUGAUAAAGCUGUAGAGUGUUACCAGCUUGCUUUGUCAAUCAAACCUAAUUUUUCACAAUCUCUGAACAAUCUUGGUGUUGUCUAUACUGUCCAGGGUAAAAUCGAUGCUGCUGCAAGUAUGAUUGAGAAAGCAAUCAUUGCAAAUCCAACAUAUGCGGAAGCUUACAAUAAUCUAGGAGUUCUUUAUAGGGAUAUUGGUGAUAUCACUCUGGCAGUUAAUGCUUAUGAGCAAUGUCUCAAGAUAGAUCCCGACUCUAGAAAUGCUGGCCAGAAUCGAUUGCUUGCAAUGAAUUACAUAGAUGAAGGCCAUGAUGAUAAACUUUUUGAAGCUCACAGGGACUGGGGUAGGCGCUUCAUGAGAUUAUUUUCGCAGUACUCUACAUGGGAAAAUACUAAAGAUCCUGAGCGACCUCUCGUCAUAGGAUAUGUAUCUCCUGAUUAUUUUACCCAUUCGGUGUCUUACUUCAUAGAGGCUCCCCUUGUCUAUCAUGACUACACCAAUUAUAAAGUCAUAGUUUAUUCGGCAGUUGUCAAGGCAGAUGCAAAAACAAUAAAAUUUAGAGAGAAAGUUCUACAAAAGGGUGGGAUUUGGAGAGAUAUAUAUGGGGCUGAUGAAAGGAGAGUAGCCAACAUGGUUAGAGAAGACCAGGUUGACAUUCUGGUAGAACUUACUGGUCAUACUGCAAACAACAAGUUGGGAAUGAUGGCAUGUCGGCCUGCACCAGUUCAGGUGACCUGGAUUGGUUAUCCUAAUACAACCGGUUUACCUGCAAUUGAUUAUAGAAUAACUGAUUCGCUGGCAGACCCUCCUGAAACAAAGCAGAAGCAUGUUGAGGAGUUAGUUCGAUUACCGGAAUGCUUCCUUUGUUACACACCUUCGCUUGAGGCUGGGCCUGUUUGCCCUACUCCUGCUCUUUCUAAUGGCUUCAUUACGUUUGGUAGCUUUAACAAUCUUGCGAAGAUCACACCUAAAGUAUUGCAAGUUUGGGCAAGGAUAUUACGUCAAGUUCCAAAUUCACGCCUUGUGGUAAAAUGUAAACCAUUUUGUUGUGAUAGUGUAAGACAGAGAUUUCUUGCAACAUUGGAGCAGUUAGGUGUCGAACCACUCUGUGUUGAUCUGCUACCCCUAAUUCUUCUUAACCACGACCAUAUGCAAGCAUAUUCUCUGAUGGAUAUCAGUUUGGACACAUUUCCUUAUGCUGGAACAACCACCACGUGUGAAUCUCUAUACAUGGGAGUUCCAUGCGUCACUAUGGCUGGUUCUGUACAUGCACAUAAUGUUGGUGUUAGCCUUCUUAGCAAAGUUGGUCUGGAGCGUUUGGUUGCCAGAAAUGAAGAUGAAUACGUCCAAUUGGCUCUGCAGUUGGCCUCUGACAUACCGGCCCUGCAAAAGUUGAGGAUGAGUCUUCGAGAACUCAUGUCCAAGUCUCCUGUUUGUGAUGGAACGAAUUUUACCCUUGGCCUGGAAUCAACGUUAAGGAACAUGUGGCGCAGAUAUUGUAAAGGAGAUGUUCCAUCUUUAAAGCGUAUGGAAUUGUUGCAACAAUCAGCUGCAAUGAGUGACCCAUCUAAUAAGACAUCAGAGCUAACCAGGAUAGCCAAUUCAACAGACAGCAGCCCAGGAUCUGUCAAGACCAGUGAAUUAAACUCAUCACAGCCAUCUAAGCUCAAUAUCCGCAGCUGCGAAGAAAAUGGGGGGUCAUUGAAUCACUCUAGUAAACAAGGAAAGGUGGGUUCUAGUUAAACUUCAUCCGAGAAUCGUUUGUAGUGAUUCAAGGAUGUUGAACUGUUAGAAUAGGUGCAAUACUGGUAGGUUGAAGUGAUGUAUAUUGUGGUGUUUGCUUGCUACUGGAAGAGGUCUGCGGCAACUACUGCAUCAGGAGUUACAGUCAUAGAGUGGCAAUUUUUUGGGAAAAAGGUUAGGCUACAGUGGUCAAUUCGGUUUUGGACUCGAAGUGCAGUGGAUUUACAAGAGCUGAUGUUGCUUUCAACGUAUUUCGGUAGCCGAUACAAAUUUUUUUCCCACGAAUUAUAGAAGCUAGUUGAGUGUAAAUUUUGUGUAAUAUUUUACUUUCGGGCAAGGUUCUUCAUUGGUAAUUUUUUAAUGUUGCAGAUAAUCAUAAUGUGGUUAAGGAAUAUUUUUCUUUACAAAGGUGAAUAGCGCCAGAAUACAAGAUUGCUAAUAUUUUAGUUGUAGUUUUUAAGAAUCAAGUCAUUAACAUGAUUGAUCAAUCAUUAUUUUUA